AUGGAGGUACUUGUGCUUGCACUUUUGAUCAUUGGGUUGAUGUCUCCUUCAACUGAAGCCAAACCACUUAUUGGCUUUAGCAUUGAUCUAAUUCACAGGGACUCACCUUUGUCCCCUUUAUAUAACCCUUCAAUGAAUCAAUCAGAGGCCCUUAGAAAAGCUGCUAUGCGCUCAAUUGCCCGAUACAACACCUUAUUUCACCAUGUGACUGGAGAAGGAAUAAAAUCUCAAACUACUAUCAUUCCAGACCAAGGAGAGUACCUUAUGAAAUUCUCUGUUGGAAACCCACCCUUGGGGCAAUUUGGCAUUAUAGACACAGGUAGUGACAUGAUUUGGAUACAAUGUGAGCCUUGUAAUGAUUGUUACAAACAAAACUCACCCAUCUUUAAUCCAACAAGCUCUUCCACUUACAAAAUAGAAGCUUGUGGUACGAAGACUUGUGACUUGGUCCGAUUUAAUGCUUGUGGAGCAUCAGGCGCGUGCAGGUAUUCGAUCUAUUACUCAGACAAUUCUUCGACUGUUGGAGAGUUGGCUAGUGAUACAAUUUCAUUUGGUCCCUAUCGUGAAGUGGUUUCUCCAAAUACUUUCUUCGGGUGUGGACAUGAUAACACUGGGAUAUUCAGACCUGCAGGGACAGGGUUAGUUGGUCUUGGACAAGGACAUUUGUCUUUGAUUUCGCAACUAGGUGAUCGAAUUGGUCACAAAUUCUCCUAUUGUCUAGUUUCUCGUUUUUCAAAAUUCACAAGUAAGCUCAAGUUUGGGUGGGAAGCAACUUUAUCUAGAAAUGGAAUUGUUUCUGUGCCUUUGGUGGACAGAUAUCCAAGACACUUAUACCACGUGAGUAUUAAAGAAAUUUACAUUGGCAAGCUUGGAGUGUCACCUACAGGGACUACAGAUAUGAUAGUGGAUUCUGGGACUACAUUGAGUUUUCUUGAGACAAGUUUGUAUGAGAGUUUUGAAACUACUCUGAUAGAAGCGUAUGGUGAUGAUCGUGUACCAAUAAGUAAUCCACCCAAGCCACUUACAUUGUGUUACCUUGAUGGAACAACGAAGGACCUCCCUGAUAUUACGUUCAACUUUUUCGGGGCUAACAAAGGAUUGCGGUUAAGUACAUUUAAUGUAUUUUCAAAGUUCAGCGGUUUGUUGUGCCUUAUGGUGGCCCCUACCAAAGGUUACUCUGUCUUAGGAAACAUAGCACAAAUGGACUUUAAGGUAUUGUAUGAUCUAAAAGAGAGAACAGUUUCUUUUGAACCGGCGGACUGUAUCCAUGAGUAG